CCUCAUCUGAAAAGUUACAUAGUACCCCUCCCCCGCAAUCUAUGUACAUAGCGGGGCCGCUACCUGCAUCACGGCCUGCUUAAUGCACUUACAUACCUCUCCUAGACAUGUAUAAUAAUAAUACAGUGCCUAUUGAUCGAUAUGCACGUAAUUUCCGGGAGAACAGUGCCAUUGUUGAUCACAUUGCUCUAUUGGAAUCUGCAACGUAUGAAACCUGCAUGCGUUCUAUAAUAGACCACCUGAUAUCUUAGGUAUACAUGUGAUCCCUCUCUCCAAUGAGGUACUCUCCAAGUUUCCCAAACAAGCAACCGAAUGAUCAAACACUAGCGUAGAUUAGAUAAGGUAAGGUGAGACAAGGAGUAUGCGGCUCAUCGGCUCAUCUAUCUCGAGGGCAGGAGGGGUGACCCCUUGGUCCUUGUUCAACUACAUAUGUAUAAUAUACAUUGUAUAUCGAGACAACUUCUAUCGAUGCAGCCCCGAUGUUUUACUUUUGAUUGACCAAACACCUACAUACAAUACAAUUCUCACUAGAACCGUUAACUAAUAGUUAACCAUCAUCACUAUGCUCUUCAUUGGAUUGACAGGUUCGAUUGCCACUGGCAAAUCAACCGUGUCUUCCAUCCUUUCCUCGCCGCCUCACUCACUACCAAUCAUCGAUGCAGAUAUACUAGCGCGCAAAGUUGUAGAGCCUGGAACCAGCGGCUAUAAAGCCAUCGUGAAGCAUUUCGGUCCUACAACACCGGACUUGCUAGUUCCCGUCUCCGAGUCUAUGCCCGCCGAUGGCCCAGACGGUAAAGGCAGGCCACUGAAUAGACCGGCGCUGGGUAGACGUGUCUUCGGCAAUAGCGAAGAGCGCAAGAAAGACCGGGAUGUUCUAAAUCACAUUGUGCACCCAGCUGUGAGAAAGGAGGUGUACAGGUCCAUAUUUCGAAGCUACGUGAAAGGCCACUGGGCCGUCGUCCUAGACGUCCCGCUACUUUUUGAAAGCGGCUGGGAUAGGCUGUCCGGUGUGGUGAUGGUAGUAGCCGUCAGGGACCCUGAGGUGCAAAUGAAAAGGCUCAGACAACGUGAUCCUCAUCUAAGCCGAGAAGAUGCGCAGAAUCGCGUUCUAAGCCAGACGGAUGUGAGACUCAAAGCGAAGAGAUGCGAAGCCAGAGGAAAGGGGAAGGGAGUAGUUAUAUGGAACGAUGGUUCGAAAGAGGAGCUAAAGGCUAAUGUAGAUGCCGCACUCGCAGAAAUUAGAAAGACUAGCCCUCCGUGGUGGAAUUGGGUAUGUCUCCUCGUUCCUCCGGUUGGCGUUGCUGCAGGCGCCUGGGUGUACUGGCAAAAUAUUCGCGCCAACAAGAAGUGGAAAGAGAUGGAGUUGGAUGAGAAGUCGAAGCUAUAAUUAUAAGCUAUAAUUAUGAGUUUGAUCACCUAACUUUACUGGAAUAUUACAUAUAACGCCAUAUCGGAUACAUCGGAUACAUGUAUGUUCCAUGUCGUUGUUGCCGUGGGUAAUCGAACGGAAAGGGCGACGCGCAACGUGAGGAAACAACUCUUCAUUCACCACCAAGGAAACAAGCACUUACCCAAAUCAUUCGCGAUUCGCGAUUUCCUUUUUUAUCUUAGGCAGUAUACGUACCCAAAUAUAGCUAAUUUCAAAAAUCCCACUUCGGUUUCUACCUAGGCAAUUAUA